AUGGAUGAGCUCCAGCGCAUGGGAAGGGAGAAGCUGGAGCAGGAAGGGGCCGGGAGCCGUGGGAUGAGACACAAGCUCUACAGGGAGGAGCUGAACCUGACCUCCCCCGCGGCACCGCUGCCGCUCCGGCCGGAGGCCAGUUGGCUCCAGUUCCACCUGGGCAUCAGCCGGGACGGGCUCUACCCCCGCUCCAGCCCCACCGUGGACAGGCUGCUCCGGGACAUGCAGGACCUCACCACCAUCAGUGCUGACUACAGCCAGGACGAGAAGGCGCUGCUGGGGGCCUGCGACUGCAGCCAGAUCGUGAAGCCCAGCGGUGUGCACCUGAAGCUGGUCCUCAGGUUCCAGGACUUUGGGAAAGCCAUGUUCAAGCCCAUGAGGCAGAGACGUGAGGAGGAGACACCCGAGGACUUCUUCUACUUCGUGGACUUCCAGCGGCACAACGCCGAGAUCGCCGCCUUCCACCUGGACAGGAUCCUGGAUUUCCGGAGGGUGCCGCCCACAGUUGGGAGGUUGAUCAAUGUCACCAAGGAGAUCCUGGAGGUCACCAAGAACGAGAUCCUGCAGAGCGUCUUCUUCGUCUCACCAGCCAGCAACGUUUGCUUCUUUGCCAAGUGCCCGUACAUGUGCAAGACGGAGUACGCGGUGUGUGGGAACCCUCACCUCCUGGAAGGGUCCCUCUCUGCCUUCCUGCCAUCCCUCAACCUGGCACCACGACUCUCCAUCCCAAACCCAUGGAUCCGCUCCUACUCGUUUGAUGGAAAAGAGGAGUGGGAAGUGAACCCGCUCUACUGCGACACGGUGAGGGAGAUCUACCCCUACAGCAACGGCAACCGGCUGCUCAACAUCGUCGACAUGGCCAUAUUUGACUUCUUAAUAGGCAACAUGGACCGUCACCACUACGAGAUGUUCACCAAGUUUGGGGACGACGGCUUCCUCUUGCAUCUGGACAACGCCAGAGGGUUCGGGAGACAUUCCCAUGAUGAAAUCUCCAUCCUGGCCCCGCUCUCCCAGUGCUGCAUAAUAAAGAGGACGACGUUGUUACGCCUCCAGCUCUUGGCCGAGCCCGAGUACCUGCUCAGCGAUGUGAUGAGGGAGUCCCUGCUGCAGGACCCCCUGGCACCCGUCCUCACCGAGCCCCAUCUCCUGGCUUUGGACAGACGGUUACAGCUGGUCCUGGAAGCUGUGAGGAACUGCAUAGACACCCACGGAGAGGCCAAGGUGGUGGCCAACGACACCACACAGCCCGAGGCUCCUGUGUCUGACAGAGUAAAGCCAACCACCUAAACACUCCCAUCUCCCCCUGGGAGGUCGGGAGAACCCCCCCAAGCCAAGCAGCGAGUUUAAAAGCUGGUCAAUUCCAUCUACAAACUGCUGCAGAGACUGAGAGGGAAAAAAAUCUUCAGAUCUUCCAGAACCACACUGGUGUCUAUGCCAGGUACUCAACCAAAGCUGCUGCGCUCGGCCAGUGUGUUGGUAAGUUGGGGUCUGAGUGCAGCAGAGCUGUACACCCCAAAUUCCAGCUCUCUGGGGGAAAAGCAGAGAUCUGAGGUUGGCCCUUGGGAGGGUGGGGGAACGUGUGGCCAUUGGUUUGCUCAACCCACACAGGGUCUCAGCCUCGAGAGUGAAGGGCACAAACUAGACCCAGAGAUGAGGCUUGAAUAAAGAGAUGUCAAGACCCUUUUCCUCUUA